AUGAAGUCCAAACCCGUUAAUGGCGAGACACCCUCCAGUCCUCCACUGCCAAAUGAGCCCACCACUGGAGAAACUCGCAUUGUGGACAUAGAUCCUCAGGGCGAUUUGGUGCUCAACAUCAAGCACGGGACAGCCGAUCACCAAUUUCGCGCCAGCACCGCCGCCCUGAAGACGAACUCGAAGUACUUCAGUGGCCUACUCCAGGGUCGUUUCGGCGAGAGCGAGAGGAUAGAGAAGAGCCACGCAGAGUUGAAGAGCAAGUAUGGCAGUCCUUCCAAAAGCCCUGCCGCGGAACUGCCAAUCAUAUACAUUGAGGAUAUUGGCCGAAUCUCUGCGGUCAAGUCGAUAGAGCCUCUGUGUACCGACUUCCUUACCGUCCUUCACGGCAAAGAACCGCAGACGAGCUUGCCUCCAGUUGCGAACUUAGCCAAUCUUGCUAUCGUCGCAGACCGUUUCGAUUCUUUGGAUGCAGUUCGCGCCUACGUGAGGCGUAGGAAGAUUCCUCGGGCUAUCGAUGGAAAGACAACCCCGAAGGCCGAGAACAGCCUGUCUGAAGAGAAAGUGAGGCAAAGGGUCUUGGUCGCCGUCCUGCUCGACUACGGCCCUUGGCUUGAGAAGUACAGUGCCCGCAUGAUCACGAAAGGCUGGGUUGGUAAAGAGGCCACCGAGUCGGCUGCUCUAUGGUGGGACUUGCCUUCGAGGCUUGAAGAAGAGCUGGCUUUUCGGAGAGACAGUAUCUUGGAUACAUUCCAAUCGCUUCAGGCAUACUUCUUGCGCCUCUACACUUCGCGCGAGCGGCAAUGUAAGCUGGGCUAUGAUUCAUCUGCGCAGUGUGAUUCUUUCCAGCUGGGCGAAAUGAUACGAUUCUUCACAAGGUCCGGAACUCUACAACUUCAGGGAACGAUUCUCGACACCGCAGAGCCACCUUUGCCAUACGAAGGGGACAUCUUCAACUUGGUUGAUUUGUUGCGACAAGUCCCAGAGUAUCAAAUCGACAGGAACCAUUCUCAUUGCGGCAUCAGGACGAGACUGAUCCCCUUGUUGGAUCUAAUCACGGAGAGCCUCUACUUCAUUGGGAUCUGUCCUGAAUGCUGGUCGCAAAGCCGUAUUGAACACGCUUGGAUGGAAGGCAAGCCUCCCUUGACAUGGAAGAGGCAAUCGCAUCGACUGCGCAAUUCGGGGCACAAGGAGUUGCAUGCUAACGUUGGAGCGUUAUUCACCGCGACUGACAGAGAUUGGGCGUCCUGA